AUGGCUAGAGAUCGUGCAGCCCUUCUCCUGGAAGUCAUUAAACUCAAAAUGAACAAUACUAAAUGUGUUAGUAUGAUGCCCCUGCAUCAGCAGGGGAAUGCAGAAGAGUUGAAUGUUUUCUCCCUUCUCUCCCCAGACAGCCUGCCUGCGUUCCCCAUUGCCAUGGUGGCAGGGAUAGUCAUCGGUACGGUUACAGGUCUCACACCGCUCAUCUCUAUUGUUGUGUGUCUUGUCAUCAGAAAGAACAACUCUAAAAAACGUUACUCUGGCUGCGGUACAUCUGAGAGCUUGAUGUCACCGGUUAAGCAGGCUCCGCAGAAGUCACCCUCCGACACAGAGGGUCUGGUAAACAGCGUACCCGCCAGAUCACACCAGGGCCCAGUCAUUUACAUGCAGCUAGAUCACUCCGGAGGACAGCACAGUGACAAGAUUAACAGGUCAGAGUCUGUGGUCUAUGCUGAUAUUUGGAAGAACUGAGAUGAGAUCCUAACCUAUCCAAUGCAAAACACGCAUUCAGACUGGAAUUGCUUAAACAAAAUUUGACCCAGAGAACUCACAUGUGGCCUUUGAUGCCUAGGCUAGGACCAAUGCAUGUGCAUACAGAGGGAAAGAUAUAUAUGAAUUGUGUGUAAAUAGUCUAUUUAAUCGUACAGAAGUGAGACCAAUGUUGCAUGUUGAAAUGCGGUAAGAAUUCUGCUUAUAAAUUGCCAAUAUUCUUUUUUGUAUCUUGUAUGACGAGAGAGAAAGUGGGAAUUCACAUCACAGUUUUUAAAUAUUUUUAUCUUGAUUAUUAACGGAGAAACUGGAAGAUAACUAAGAUUCUAGGUUGACCUCGAGAUUCUUUUUUUUUGCUUAUGGGGCCUAUUUUUAGUUGUUGUUGUUGAGGUGAAUAUAAAGGUAACUUUCACAGGGUAUUCAUAUUUCCUUGGUCAGAUUCUCAGUACAAGCUGCCUUCUUGCAUGAGGUAGACAUUCUCACUUGGUUUUGCAAGCCACAUUGUGACUCCUAGCUAUCAGAAAUGGUUAUCUUACCACUGCAAGUGAAGGAAAUGUUUAGGCCUACCUGACCUGUAUAACACAGGUCACAGAAUCGUUUACUUCUGUAUCAAGCCCAUAUAUUCAAGCUUAGUCCUUUAAGGUACACGGAUAGUGCUGACCUAAUGACUUUUGUGAAAUUGUAGUUUACCUGUGAAAAUUUAAGAGCUAGUGAGCUAGAGGGAUAAGAAGCAGUAACUCUAGGUGGUCGAAAAGUUCACUGAAAGUCUGAGGCAAUGAAAUGUUUCUUCCUUAUAACUGUGUCACUUCAUAUAAGCACAACAAAAUGGGCUCCAAGGGCUCUGGAAGUUGUAGUAUUCCCUCAUCUCUCCCUUGUUACUCCAUUAUACCUUUGUUACUUCCCAAGAGAUGCUUUAUCAGUUCUCAAAAGCCUCUAAUGGAGGCUGAAUGACCUCUGGAAGAAAUUUAGAGCUUCACUUUUGGUUUAUUGCUGUUUUUAUUUUUUUUUUGUCAUUGUUGUUAUUGUUGUUUGUUUGUGUGUUUUCAUAAUCUUUAUUUGCACAGAGGAUGCGGAGGGCAGUUUAUUUCCUUCCUCUCUGCAAGUCUACUACUUGAAUACAAUUUCCCAGCUUCUUGUUUCGA